GGCAGCGGAGCCAAGCACUGAUUUACAUCCUUUUCUUCUGUGAACUGUGGCCCAUCUACAAUCACAGCAUGACAAGUUACACAGAUAAAGGGGAGAAGCCCGUAAGGGGAAAGUUUGUCAAGUUUCAUCAUAUCACUUUCUGGGUUGGUAAUGCCAAACAGGCAGCCUCCUUCUACUGUGAUAAGAUGGGCUUCGAACCUUUGGCCUACAAGGGUUUGGAGACUGGCAGCCGUGAGGUGGUGUCUCACGUCAUCAGACAAGAUAAGAUAAUGUUUGUGUUUGAAUCUCCACUAAACCCUGGAAAUGAAGUAAUGGGAGAACAUUUGAUUAAGCACGGAGACGGAGUCAAAGACAUCGCUUUCCAAGUGGAGGACUGUGACUUCUUGGUCAAGACGGCUAAAGAGCGAGGAGCUGUAAUCGUCAAGGAGCCCUGGGUGGAGCAGGACAGCCACGGGAGGGUCAAAUAUGCCGUGGUUCAAACGUAUGGAGAUACAACACACACGCUCAUCGAGCACCUCAGUCCCUACAAAGGUCUUUUCCUGCCAGGCUACAAAGAGCCUCUGUUCAGGGAUCCUCUGCUAGCCAAACUUCCACCAGGAGGUUUGAAAUUCAUUGAUCACAUUGUGGGAAAUCAGCCAGAUGAUCAAAUGGUGCCAAUUUCCGACUGGUAUCAGAAGUGUUUGAUGUUCCAUCGGUUCUGGUCCAUAGAUGACAAGCAGAUCCACACAGACUACAGUUCACUGAGGUCAAUAGUGGUGACGAACUAUGAAGAGACCAUCAAGAUGCCCAUCAAUGAACCUGCACCAGGAAAAAGGAUAUCACAAAUCCAGGAAUAUGUGGAUUAUAAUGGGGGACCAGGUGUUCAGCACAUCGCACUCAACACGUCAAACAUCAUUGAAACCAUAGUGAACCUGCGUGCCCGAGGGAUGGAGUUCCUCUCAGCGCCUGACACAUACUACGACACCCUGCGGCAGAAACUCAAAGAUGCCAAGAUCAAAGUGAAGGAGGACCUCGACCGCUUACAGGAACUGAAAAUCUUAGUUGAUUUUGAUGAUAAGGGCUACCUCCUUCAAAUCUUCACCAAACCUGUGCAGGACAGACCAACCCUUUUCUUGGAGGUCAUUCAGCGGAACAACCACUUUGGCUUUGGAGCAGGAAACUUCAAGUCUCUCUUUGAGGCCAUUGAGAAGGACCAAGAUGCCAGGGGCAACCUCAGAGUGCUGACAUCAGAAGGACAGGCCAAAGCCUUCUACUGAUCCUUCGCCUGCUGCUGCCAAAUCACACUUGACUGUUAUAUAUGGCUGUGCUUAUCAGAACCAAUCAACAACACCCUUGACAACUACAGUAUAUCAAACACAUGUAUAGAGUACUGAAUAUCUUCAUGUGACAAGCUGCAUGUGCUACCAGAUAUGGUUUGUCUGUCGAUUGCAUGUUGUGUGGCUAAAUAAAGAAACUCUUGCUCAUG